UCACCGGUGCAUGACGCAUCUAAAUAUCGUCAAAAUGGACGGCAACAAAGAUGAGAGUGAAAGAUGCAUUGGCAUUGCCGUGCAAAGUAUCGCUGCAGGAAACACCGAUAAAGCCAUAAAGUUUUUGAAGAAGGCUCAGCGGCUAUUCCCGUCAAAAAAGGCAGCAGACCUUCUCAGUAAGCUGACAGCCCAGAGCAAUGGUGAAGCAGAACAGCCAAAGGCAGGAGAGCCAGGCGAUGGGGAACAUGUCCGAAGACGAAUGGCUUCUGCUUCUGCACAGGAAUUUUCUGAAAAUAAAGAAAACACUGAUCAUGAUUACACACCAGAGCAACUGGAGGCAGUAAAGAGGAUAAAAAAAUGCAAGGACUAUUAUGAAGUGUUAGAUGUCAAAAAGGAUUGCUUAGAAAAUGACCUAAAGAAAGCAUAUAGAAAAUUGGCUUUGCUGAUGCAUCCAGAUAAAAAUAAGGCGCCUGGGGCCACAGAGGCAUUUAAAGCCAUUGGCAAUGCAUAUGCUGUUCUAAGUGAUCCAGACAAGCGUAGAAAAUACGAUGUCUAUGGGCCUGACCUACAGCAGGCACGCGAUGAGUCUGACUACACACAUGGUGGGUUUGAAGGUGAUAUCACACCAGAAGAACUUUUCAAUAUGUUCUUUGGAGGUGGUUUUCCAUCAGGGAAUGUGAACAGAAGACCUCACCACCACCAUCAUUCACAGCGGUCCCAUUUCUACGCAUAUUCCUCUGGCAGGGAGCAGCAGUCAGAGAGUGGCUUGACUCUCAUCUUGCAGCUGGCGCCCAUUCUUUUGCUGAUCCUGCUGUCUCUCUUAUCAAGUUUUUUGGUCAACGACCCAGUAUUCAGCCUUCAGCAAACAGGAAAAUACACAGUAAAGAAACAGACUCAAAACCUACAAGUACCAUACUAUGUAAAAGAUGACUUUAAUGUUGAAUAUCGUGGCGAACUACGGCGAAUUGAACGCAUGGUGGAGGAAGAAUAUCUGUCUCAGCUCAGGAGCAGCUGCUGGCGAGAAAGGAGUUACAAGGAAAAUAUGUUAUGGAGAGCAAGAAAUUAUGGAGACGCUAGACUGUACCAGCAGGCCUCAGAUUUAAGGACUCCAUCUUGUGAUAGGUUACAACAGAUUUAUUCCUGAUUUAUCUUCACAGUCAACUAAAGUGUGGUUGUGGGUGCUGUUUGGGUGCAUGUGCUGUAUUUCAUGUGGUUUUGAAGACAUCUUUGUUUUUUGAUGUUUUAAAACUGUGGUUUACUGUCCUCCUGUACAUAAUUGACCUGUACUUUUGUUUUUAAAUUGUCAUGAAUUUAAAGAAAUAAAAUUUGGACUUUAGAUGUGAUUAUCUUUUGUGUUAAGUUUUUUUAAAUAGGUUUAGGGAAACAAAUUAAAAAUUUGUUCCAAGCAGAUACUACCACAGAAUGCAAAUAAAAAUUUUCUAGGUUGUAUGGAGCAAAGAGAUUUCUAUGUUUACUGCAGACUGUAUAUCUUUAUUUACUCGGGUUAUUUUUCUUCUGCAUAUGCCUGUAUAUUUAUGUGUAUGUGUGUAAGAAAGAGAUUGUGUGUUUGUGUGUGUGAGAGAGAGAUGUAAUAAGUAUGUAAAGACUGCAUGUAUUUUUCAAGUUUCCAUCAUAUUGUUUCUCACCUUGUGAGAUGUGAAGUAACAUGAACAUUUUUGUUUUUUUUUUUUUACCCUUUACAAUUCAUGUGAUUUCUAUUGAGAAAGCAGUUGUAUAUCUUGUUUUUGAAUGAUGGAUUAGACUGAAACUGAGUAACUUUGUGCAGUAAAUGCAUAAUUGAAGUGCUGUGAUCUGUUAGGUAGAAAUUUAAGUUUUGGCACAGGUGCCUAGAGUCGUGCAUAAUUAAAAAAAUAUAAUUCCAGCAUGUAAUUACAAAAGAAAAUGUUUUUGUCUCCUAAUUUAUUUCACAAUAGCUCAUCCUCAACUGAGGUAAGAGAGACUUCAGCUCUGGUGCAGAAUCUUUUAAUUCCCCACCACUAACAAAGUGCAAGUGACUAGUAAGAUAUAUACUUGAUGUCAUUCUGAGCUAAGACAUCAUUAAUUAAUCUUAAAGUUUUGUACCAGUUGCAUCUCUUUUCACUCAAUUGUUGUGCAUUAUUAAGGGCUUGAAAAUAUGUCCCUUUAUAUCUUGGACAUUGAGGAGCUGUAAUGUAUUUUGUUACCCCUUCUCCCAGAGAAAAGUCAUGGAAGUGUCUGCAGUGUAAUGCUUGAAUGCAAGAUCAUAAAUCAACUAAUGCACUUUACCUGUUAUUGAAGCAUCCAAUUUUGUUUUCCUCUUAAGUUUUAUUGAGUUUUAUUUUCAUUUGACCAGCAAAACCCUUGAAACUUUCUCUACAACUUCCGAACUAUUGUUUUUAGUUAACAGCAUAAAACCAGGUAGUUUUGAAGUUCACACCUGCCUCCAUCUCAGUCACCAAUAAAAUUUUCUUUUAAUACAUAUAGAUCCAUGACCACAGAAACCAGCUCCAGUCAUGAAGUUGUGCUUUUUUGGAACUGGAGAAAAUUCAGAUUUGUAAUGAGCAGGAAAUACUAUUUUAAUGAUAUUUUCAUUUCUCAUUUAGCUGAAUCCAGGUUGUGUAUGCUUAAAUAAAACUUAAAAUUUAGAUAAAAUUCAGGUUGCAAGCAUUUGAUCCUGUGCCUUCCACUAUCCAUUCAGGAAAGAUGAUUUUCUCCCAUCUACAAAUCUUUCAUUUAUUAUAAUUAUAUAUUCUAUAAAAAAGAUCGUACCUAUAGUGUCUUUGUCAUAGGGGUGAGGUCUCAUAAAAGUAACUGGCAUGCAUGCUAGCAAGUCCAUGUGCACUUUGCAUUCCUUCCAUGUCAGGGCCUUUCUCUAGUUAUUGCAAGUUUGCUGAAGUGUUGACAAAUUAACAAGAACAGUUUAAAAUUGUGAAUAAGAGAGGUUGCCUCUAAAGACCAUUGUUCUGCUCUUACCCCUCGAAACAGAAUUUCACCUUUUAAGAGUACAACCAGUUAUGCAAUUGGGUUUGGUGAUGUGUAUGUGUGCAGAAAAAAAAUCAUGGAAAGGGUAUUUGGUUUCUGUAUUUUACCAUGAUAAAGAGUACAGUACAUAGUAAAAUUAACUUGACUAAGUUUAUAGGCAAUUUGUGUGCUGUUUUAAAUAUCUUAAUGUGAAAAUGUGUACACGCUAUAGAAGCAGAACUUUAAAAUUUGGUUUACAUCCUUGGCAGUUAAUGAAGGUCAGCUCUCAGCUAUCAUACUCAAGUUCCAUGCCUGUCAACUAGCAUAUUGCAAUGAUGUUAACUUAAAUUUCUACCAACCAUUAGCAUCAAAUUAAAUUUUUCAAGUCGUUUAUUACCGAUACAGUAAAUAGAUGUCUAAGAUUUCGUGUAGAAUUGACUUUAUCUAGUUUUAGAUCCACAAUGACCAGAGUGGGUGUAUGUGCAUGUGCACAUUGUUUUAGUGAAUAUACUAAUAGAAAUCUGUUUGUCUAAAUUCAAUACAGCAAGGAGCAAUGCUUCAAAACAACUAUUAAAAAACCAAAAAAAAAGCAUACCUGCUGCAUUCACAUUUAAAGGGGUACACACAAAAAUCCGUGAUUCUCCUCCACAUUCCUCCAACCCACCAUUUCUCAGUGUAAACAAGUGAGAGUUAUGUCAAGUUUUUGCUGCGAAUUUGAAGUGACCAAUGUUUCACCUCCUGUUUUUUUGUCUAACACAAUUGCCUAUUAAAUAUUGUCAGAAACACUGGUCUAAAUUUACCUGUUUUUUAUACUAGAAAUUGUUUUCACAUAAGUUGGCUAGUUGAUCGAUGUAGGUAUGAACAAAUAAACAUGUUUUGGACAAGUUUGCGCUAGUUAUAUCAUUUAGUAGUAUUGUGGAAUGUUGCUUAAACAUGCAAUAAGUUUGGGUCUGCUAGUUUAGCAAAUACUCUUAAAUGGCACAUGGAAGAGUGGUCUGCUCAGACAUUUGGAGAUUGGUUUUUACAUUCAUUCCAGUAUUGUGCAUUUUUAAAAUAUUGUCCCAUCAUCAGAAUGCCUGAUUUCCAAGGAAACACUAAGAAUAUGCAUAUAGUAAGACUUAUUUCCUGAUUUACAUUUAGCUCCUUGUUGAGCAUCACCAUGGAAGGUUUCUUUGUCUUGAACAUGUAUACAAUACUUAUCAAGGAUUGCAAAGAAAGAUUCUCAAUAUUUUGUACAUUUAUUUUAUCAGUUAUAUUAAAAUUCUCCCAAAACUAGAUGAGGCAGACGAGAAAUGUCUGCCCAUAAUUUCUACCCAAGAUUAUUUUCACAUUUACAGUCAGAGCAAGCUUAUGUUUGUGAAGCUUAAUAUCAACUGAAUUUAAACAAGACUGCAUAUAGCAUGUUAUACAUGACAUAUGCUUUCAACCAGUCUUUAGGCAGAGUGCACUGUACAUUGAUAUGCUGAAAGGGGGAAAAAAAAGUUGAAUGGUUGAUUGAGGAGUGUGACUGGAUUAUCCAAAAAGAUUUUACCUUGGAAUAUGAAAAGUAAAGCAUAUGGGUCAAUGUUUACUGAAUUGCUAGAUAACAUUUGAAACUGCAACGUAAAUCAGCUGGUGUUUUAUAAUUCCACAAUGACAGCAAAUCUCCAUGUUAGAAUAAUAAUGGAAUAUUUGUAAAUGAGCACAAAUUUGCCAGCAUAAGCUGUUUAUUACUGUAGCUGUUUUUUUCGAAUCACAUUGUAGAGCAACAUUAACACAUUUCUUUUAUGAAACAAACAUUUCAUCAGCACCAUGAAAACAAAAGUGGGAGAAACUUUUGCAGUACGCUUCACGAAUGUGACGAGCAGUUGUAUGUUAUUUUGCUGUGUUCACCUGAAUAGUUUUAUACAAGUCAGCGGAGAUUAUUUUCUGCUAUUCAGGUGUUAAGGCUGUUAUGAUUAAAGAAACUGUGGGUGAAAAAGCUGUUAAUAAAUUCUCCUCUUCUGUUAUUAUCGUGUUAUUAGAGAGUCAGAAAUGUUGACAGGAGACUGCAAGUUAGCAUUGGUGUCCUAAUGAUUUUCUUGAUGAAUACAGAGACAGUAGUGAUGAUAAUGAGAGUGUAUGUGCAUGCACAUGCUAGCUUUUAGGACAGAUCUAGUCAUUUAUUUUAAGCCUUAGAAAAGUAGGACUCUGGGUCUCAUGCAUCAAAGUAAAACUCAAAAUACAAAUUUUGUGUGAAAGAUUAUUCAAAGAAAUUAAAGAAAUGUACAUA